GGUAAGAUUAGCUUUAUAUGUCAGAAGUCUAAGGUGACUUUCGUGGAUAAAAAUAUUAUCCAGUUUUAUGAACAGUUUGUGAGUAAUGACUGGAGUCAUUAAGAAAACAUGGGAUCCUUGGAAAAUGUACGAUGUGUCUUUAAAAGAGAGAAAGGCUAUGGAAGAACGUGCUUUGAUGAGAGAAAAACUCAAAGGUGAAUGGCAAAAGAAAGUUACCGACCCAUACAAAGGCACUGGAGGUUACAUCUUUGAUCCUCAAAUGCAGCGCUUUUAUUCAAUGCGUGUAACCGGAUUUAAUUACUUUAAAGUAUCAUUCAAGUCUGUGAUGGUCGGCUUAAAUUUUGUGGUUGUUCCAAUUGCAGUCUUUACUUAUUUAAUAUAUAAGGAAAGAGAAGGACAAGAAAGAAAAAUUCGUAAUGGUGAAAUAAUGUACAAAGACCGGCACAAUAAAUUAAUCUAGAGUAACAAAUGUAACAGACAAGUUAAUUUGAUUGUUGAAAUAAAAAAAAUAUCUUGGAGUAAUAA